CGCUCACAAUGUAGGAAGCGCUCUCUGAAAACAGAAGACUACUACCACACACACUGCUUACCAGUGACUGAUAUUAUUUGCUUCCAUCUUCGGAGUGUUGAUGGUAAUCUGAUUAAUUGGGGGGAUUUGGGUUUUGAGCAUGGAGGGCUGCUAUCCCCCAGAAAGUGAAAGGAUGGAAGCGUGGCUUGAUGACCAUUUGGAGUUCGCUCAUUCCUACGUUGUCAGGAAGGCUACAAGGGAGAUGGUGAAUGCAUGGUUUGCUGAGCGAGUCCAUUCCGUCCAGCCCUCCUCCUCCUCUUCCUCCUCCUCGUCAUCCUCCAAAGAAACCCUUCUACCCCAGAGACCCACCCAGCCCUCAGACAGCCCCUGCUUAGCCUCCUCCCUGCCCCCUUCCCUGGGCCUGAACGACAGGCGUUCCCCUUCCCCAGCCCCGCCCCACAGCCCCGCUCCCAGCACCCCCACCCGCAAGAUCUCUGCAUCUGAGUUUGACAGGCCGCUGAGGCCCAUCGUGGUCAAGGACGCGGAAGGCUCACUAACCUUCCUCUGCGACACCGAACCCGACCGAGGCGACAUCCGGACACCCUUCAGAACCCAGCAGGGAGGGUUCGGGGUUGGUAUCCCCACAGGGAUGAUGGGCGAGGUUGGCAGUGCCCGGGGGUUGGACCGCUGUGCCAGGCUGUUGGAGCUGGUGAGGGAUGUGUCGAGUCACCUGGAAGUGACGGCGCUGUGCCACAAGAUCUUCCUGCACAUCCACGAGCUGAUCGCCGCAGACCGCUACUCCCUCUUCCUGGUGGGCGAGGACAGCUCCAACAGGAAGUUCCUGGUGAGCAGGCUAUUUGACGUUGCCGAGGGCUCCACCCUGGAGGAGGUGUCCAAUAGCUGCAUCCGUCUGGAAUGGAACAAGGGCAUUGUGGGUCACGUGGCGGCCACGGGCCAGCCCCUCAACAUCAAGAAUGCCUACGAGGACCCCAGGUUCAAUGCAGAGGUGGAUCAGAUCACAGGCUAUAAGACGCAGAGUAUCCUGUGUAUGCCCAUCAAGAACCACAGAGAAGAGGUGGUAGGAGUGGCACAGGCCAUCAACAAGAAGUGUGGAGAGAAUGGGACUUUCACUGAACAGGAUGAAAAGGACUUCGCUGACUACCUGUCCUUCUCUGGGAUCGUCCUACACAACGCCCAGCUCUACGAGACGUCCCAGCUGGAAAACCGUCGGAAUCAGGUGCUGCUGGACCUGGCCAGUCUGAUCUUGGAAGAGCAGCAGUCCCUGGAGGUGUUACUGAGGAAGAUAGCAGGCACCAUCCUCUCCUUUAUGCAGGCCCAGGGCUGCACUGUGUUCAUAGCUGACGGAGACGUUAUGAACUCCUUCUCCAGCGUGUUUCACAUGGAAUAUGAGGACCUGGGAGAGGCCAUGGACACCCCCAAAAGGGACUGUGACGUGAGUCAGAUAAACUACAUGUACGCCCAGUAUGUAAAGAACACCGUGGAGCCUCUGAACAUCUCUGACGUCACCAAAGACCAGCGCUUUCCCUGGAUGAGUGAGAACACAGAGCACCCCAGUAACCAGAUCAAGAGUUUGCUCUGUACGCCUAUCAGGAAUGGGAAGAAGGAUAAAGUUAUAGGUGUGUGUCAGUUGGUGAACAAGAUGGACGAGGCGUCUGGGAACGUGAGGUCCUUCAACCGGAACGAUGAACAGUUCCUGGAGGCCUUCGCCAUUUUCUGUGGCCUGGGUAUACAGAACACCCAGAUGUAUGAAACAGUGGAGAGAGCCAUGGCUAAACAGGAGGUUACACUGGAGGUCCUUUCGUAUCAUGCCUCUGCUGCAGAGGAAGAGACGCGGGCGCUGCAGGUGGCCACUGUUCCGUCGGCCCAGUCUCUGCGCCUGAUGGAGUUCAGUUUCAGUGACUUUGAGCUGUCCGACGCUGAGACCACUCAGGCCACCAUACGCAUGUUUGUAGACCUCAACCUAGUCCAGAACUUCCAGAUGAAAUACAAGAGUCUGUGCCAGUGGAUCCUGAGUGUUAAGAAGAACUAUAGGAAGAACGUGGCUUACCACAACUGGAGACACGCCUUCAACACCUCCCAGUGCAUGUUCGCCUUGUUCAAAUCUGGCCGGUUACAGAGUAAUAUGACUGAUCUGGAGACCCUGGCCUUGAUGAUCGCCACUCUGAGUCAUGACCUGGACCACAGAGGAGUCAACAACUCCUACAUACAGAGGAGUGACCAUCCCCUGGCCCAGCUCUACUGCCACUCCACCAUGGAGCACCACCACUUUGAUCAGUGUCUCAUGAUCCUCAACAGCCCAGGCCAAUUCCAUGAGCUCCAGCUGCUAGUCUAG